AUGUUCCUCUUCACUACCCUGUGUUCCUUGCACCACACCCUUGUGUCUUCACUACACCUGUGUCUCACCACGCCCUGUGUUUCUCUUCACCACCGUGUUCCUCUUCUUCACUAUGUUUCCCUCGUCACCACGCCCUGUGUUCCUGUCACACCAUGUUCCUCGUCACCACCCCUGUGUUCCCUGUCACCACACCCUGUGUUCCUCACCACGCCCUGUGUUCCUUCGUCACCAUUCCUGUGUUCUCGUCACCACACCUCGUGUUCUCGGUCAUCACACCCUGUGUUCUUGUCACUAACCCUGUGUUCUCGUCACUACACCCUGUGUUCCUGUCACCACCUCUGUGUUCUCGUCACCACCCCCUGUGUUCCUGUCACCACUAUUCCUAGGUUCCUGUCACUACACCCCGUCUUCAACACUUGUGUUCUCGUCACUCACCCUGUGUUCCUCGUCAACACCCCAGUUCUGUCACCACGCCCUGUGUUCCUCAUACCAUUUCAGUUCCUGCCACCACGCCUGUGUUCCUCAGUCACCACCCCUGUCCUCGUCACCCGCCCUGUGUUCCUCGUCACCACCUCUCGUUCCUCGUCACACACACCCGUGUUCCUGUCAUCAUCUUUUGUUCCUGUCACACACCCUGUGUUCCUUCUUUCACCACGCCCUGUGUUCCUCGUCACCACCCCUGUGUUCUCGUCACCACCUGUGUUCCUCUUCACCACACCCUUGUGUUCCUCGUCACCACCUGUGUUCCCUCACCACGCCCUGUGUUCCUUGUCACCACCCCCUGUGUUCCCUGUCACCACACCCUGUGUUCCCUUGUCACUACACCCUAUGUUCCUGUCACCACGCCCUGUGUUCCCUUUGUCACCACCCCUGUGUUCUCGUCACACUAAUUCUGUGUUCUUCGUCACACCCUAUGUUCCUCGUCACCACACUGUGUUCCUCGUCACGCCCUGUGUUCCUGUCAUCACCCCUGUGUUCCCUGUCACCACACCCUGUGUUCCUCUUCACCCUGUGUUCUCGUCACCCCCUGUGUUCCUCUUCACCACUCCCUGUCCUUUUCACACCACACCCUAUGUUCCUCGUCACCACGCCCUGUGUUCCUCGUCACCACACCUUGUGUUCCUCUUCACCACACCCCAUUAUUACUGA